UAGAAAAAUAUAUUGAUGAUUUCUAAGAUGGAGUGAAGAUAAGAUAUCUCCGGAUCAAAAGAGUUCUAGUUUUGAUUUGAUUUACCAAACCGGCGAGUAACUUCUGCCGCCUUCAUAGGUCCGGGGACACAUUUCCUCCCCCCGGUCGCCCCCGCAGAGGAGGACCGUGUUUUUGUAGCGCAGUCAGGUUUGGCUGCUAUGGCGGAAGAAGCCGUCUCCGUUGUAAACACGGCUGUUAACCUGCCAGAAAACGCCAUGGCGUAUUUACAAGACGAGAAGGCCGAUGGCGACAUCCCUAACCUCAACCUGGGGGACCUCGACCUCACUACGGACGAGUUCAUCUUGGAUGAAGUGGACAUUCACAUCCAGGCCAAUCUUGAAGAUGACCUUGUGAAGGAGGCACUCAAAACGGGGGUUGACCUCAGACAGUAUUCCAAACAGGUGGAGGCAGAGCUUCAGAGAAUCGAACAGGCAUCCAUCAAAGACUACAUCAAGGAGAGUCAGAACAUUGCUCUGCUGCACAACCAGAUCACUGCCUGCGACUCCAUACUGGAGAGAAUGGAGGGCAUGCUGAGCGGUUUCCAGAGCGACCUUUCCUCCAUCAGCAGUGAGAUCCAGACUCUGCAGCAGCAGUCGGUCAGCAUGAAUGUCAGGCUGAAAAACAGGCAGGCAGUACGCAGCCACCUCAGCCAGCUGGUGGAUGAGCUGGUUGUCCCUGGGGCCAUGAUCUCCACCAUCAUAGACAGCCCUGUGACGGAGCAGGAGUUUCUUGAGCAGCUCCAUGAGCUCAACAACAAAAUCAACUUCGCCAAGGAGCUCAGCUUCAGAGAGACUCUGGCCUGCUCUGAUAUUCAGGACAUAGUGGACCGGCUCAAGAUUAAGGCAGUGUCGAAGAUCCGGGAGUUCAUCCUCCAGAAGAUUUAUUCUUUCCGGAAGCCAAUGACCAACUACCAGAUCCCACAGAACACUCUGCUCAAAUACAGAUUCUUCUAUCAGUUCCUCUUGGCCAAUGAGAGGAUGGUUGCCAAGGAGAUCAGAGAUGAGUACAUGGACACCAUGAGUAAGAUCUACUACAGCUACUUCAAGUCUUACAGCAGCAGGUUGCUCAAAGUGCAGUAUGAGGAGGUAGCGGACAAGGAUGAUCUAAUGGGAGUGGAGGACACAGCUAAGAAAGGUUUCUUCUCCAAGCCGUCCUUGAAAAGCAGGAACACCAUUUUCACUGUGGGCCAGAGGGGGACAGUAUUGAGCCCCGCCGAAUUAGAGGGACCUAUCCUCAUACCCCACACUGCUCAGAGGGGGGACAGCAGGUACCCCUAUGAGACGUUAUUUCGUAGUCAGCACUACGCUCUGCUGGACAAUGGCUGCAGAGAGUUCCUCUUCCUGUCCGACUUCUUCAUGGUGGCGGGAAACUCCGCCCUUGACCUUUUCAACAGCAUCAUGGGAAAAACGCUCACAAUGUUCCUGAAGAGCAUGUCUGCCUACGUGUCCGACUGUUACGACAGUAUUGCCGUCUUCCUCUGUAUCCACAUCAUCCUCAGGUUCAGAGCCAUCACUGCCAAAAGGAACAUCCCCGCCCUGGAUAAGUACUGGGAGGCAGUUCUGGAGUUGCUGUGGCCGAGGUUUGAGAUGAUUUUAGAGAUGAACAUUCAAAGCAUCCGCAACACAGACCCUCAGAAACUGGGAGUACUGGACACCAGACCACACUAUAUCACUCGUCGGUAUGCAGAGUUCUCCUCUGCUAUUGUCAGCAUCAACCAGACCUUCCCUAACGAGAGAACCAAUGCCCUCCUUGGACAGCUCCAGGUGGAAGUAGAGAACUUCGUUCUGAAGAUGGCGGCAGAGUUCCCCUCCAGGAAGGACCAGCUAAUCUUCCUUAUCAACAACUAUGACAUGAUGCUCAGCGUGCUCAUGGAGAGAGCAGCGGACGACAGUAAAGAGGUUGAAGGUUUUCAACAGCUGCUCCUGGCCAGGACACAGGAGUUUAUCGAGGAGAUCCUGUCGCCUCCGUUUGGGGGAAUGAUCGCCUUCGUGAAGGAGGCUGAGGCGCUGAUGGAGAAGGGACAGCUGGAACAUCUGAAGAACGAUGAAGCUCGUAUCAACCAGUUGGUGCGUGGCUUUUCCGGGACGUGGAAACAGUCGGUGGAGGCCAUGAGUCAGGAUGUCAUGAGGUCCUUCACCAACUUCAAAAAUGGCACCAGUAUCAUCCAGGGCGCUCUGACACAGCUGAUCCAGUACUACCAUGGCUUCCACAAGGUCCUCAACCAGCCGACGUUCCGCAGCCUGGCCGUCCGCUCGGAGCUAAUCAAUCUGCACCACCUGAUGGUGGAGGUGAAGAAACACAAACCCAACUUCUAACGGGACCGGGUCGGUUGCUAGCGGAGUCUCACCCCGCGGGACUGGCCAAUGCCCGAAUCCAUCACAUCGAUCUUUCCCUCAGGUUCAGCUUUGUGUUCGUUGGCGGCGAUGUCCAAAAAAAACCGGCCGGUCCGGUCGCAGCCUCGGAGACCGAUCCGAGCGGGCUGUAUGGCGGAGGACAGGGUUGUGGAUUUUAUGGUGGGUUGAACGAGUGAUCGUACCUGCGUCAUCUGACUCAUCCUAGGAUGCGGCUGCGUCUACCAUUUACCGCCAUGCUGGAUGGUCACGCCACAUCUCUCAACUACCGAGUCCUUUGGAAUCGGUCGCAAAGCUAUGAUUGAACUGUCCAGCUGUCAGAUGGGACCACACGUUUGGAAUCGGGGCCAACACGAAUCUCGUGAAAAAGAUCGAUGUGAUAUGAUGUGUGUGUGUGUGUGUGUGUAGGUGGGGGGGGGGGGGGUUAGUGACAAACGAGGUAGCGGACAUGAGGUCUGUGCUGUAACUGGAAGGCAGCAGGUUAGAUCUGUAGAUCUCGGCAACACC